AUGGCAUAUCCAUCCGCCGACAAACGACGAGUCUACCUCGCCUGCAGAGCCAUCUUCGCCGGCAACAAUGCGCAGCUCCGCAAGCAGAAGAAGAUCCGCGAAGUCGUGCUCAAACACCAAGCUUCUCUGCGUCCGUUGAUCCGAGACUUUACACUCGACAAAGUGGUUGAUAUCCUCAAGACUCUGCUGGAAAAGCAAAUCUUUCAGUCGGAAGUAAAAGCAAAGAUCGAGUUUCCGGAGCUGUUUGUCUCGUCUCCAGCCAGAGACGUCCAGCGUGCUGCGUCGGAGAAUGACGCUGCGCGGUCAGCGGCAGAGCUGCUGGAGGAGAUCGCCUCGCUGGAGGAGCGGGAGAAUGAAGCAGACGAAGAUGAGAACGAGGUCGCGCCAGUGCCUUCGGAUAAAGACGAUGCCGGCACAGGUCGCGAGCCUACGCCAGAGCAACUGAAUAUUCCGUCACUCUAUCCGUCCUAUUUUCCAUAUCGCGCUCAGCAUGCCAUUCUCUGCACCGCGCAAUGCGUCCUGGAAGAAUGCUGCUUUGAGUUCACCAAGAAAUGGAUGCCAUCGAUUCUUGAGGAGCACGCAUGGGACUGUCCUGCAGCCGUAGAACUGACGAAGUGGACGAGACUCUUCGCCAAAAAGUCGACACAGUUCCCCAAGCACGCCUUCAGACUGAGCGGCCCAUCGCUGAACGAAGUCCUCUUUGCGACGAACAAACUCCGACAUACCGCCGUCCAUCGACUCCCGACGACCUCUCGAGGCGUAGAAGCGCUGAUCCUAUCAGCCAUAAAACUGGCCGAAACGCUACAAGAUCCACUGCGCACCUCGCAGCUCGAAGAACUGCACUUCGAAGUCGAAAGUAAGAUCAAGGCCAUGGAGCUGAACAAGAACGUGCUCGAAGACACGCUGGCCCAGGAACUGCAGGAGAUCCAGCGCCAGAGGGAAGAGCUCGACCGGAGGGAGAAAGAGUCCAUCGCUAGAGCCCUGCGCGAGGACCAAGAGAAUAAGGCUCUUAUCGGGCUGUUGCUGGAAGAAUCCGUCAAGCGGAUUUUUGAUGACGAGACGAAGCCUGCUGAGGGAGAUAGGGGCAGUCCUGAGGCUAAGUCGGAUGAUGAGGAGGUGAAUGGCGUUGCAGCUGGCAAUAAUGGCACUGCUGAGACUGUGAAUCCAGGUUUGCUUUUCCUUUUUCUUUCCUCUUUUUCUGACAGAUUGCUAAUCCUCUGCCAACUAGCUGUUAUUGGUUUGACUGUUCCAGCACCAGUCGUAGGAAACACAAGAUUGAUGCCAGCAGAAAGCGAUGGUAAAUGA